AAAAAGUGAAAAAAAAAGCUGAAGAAGACACCAUAUAACAAGAAAAGAAGCAUCACAAUAAAGAGAGAGUGAGAAUACUAGUAGAAACAGAGCAAAAGAGGGAGAGAGUAACGGAUGUUUGGGUUUAGUACUGUGUUCUAACGUAUAGAGAUUUCAAGCCGAAGACAGAGAUGUAUAGGUUUAGCAACACAGUAAUUGGUUUCUUGAAUCUUUUCACUCUCUUAGCAUCUAUACCAAUAAUUGGUGGAGGUUUAUGGAUGGCAAGGAGUAGCACAACCUGUGAAAGUUUCCUUCAAACCCCACUUCUUGUCGUAGGUUUCGUUGUCCUUAUAAUCUCACUAGCUGGCUUCAUUGGUGCAUGCUUCCAUGUAGCAUGGGCACUCUGGGUUUACUUGGUAGUCAUGCUAUUCCUCAUUGCAGCCUUAAUGGGUUUGACCAUAUUUGGCUUUGUUGUCACUAGCCAAGGUGGUGGUGUGGAGGUGCCUGGUAGGGUUUAUAAGGAGUAUAGGAUUGAAGAUUAUUCUCCAUGGUUGAGGAAUAAAAUUAAAGAUCCUGAUUACUGGAGAACCAUUAGGAGUUGCAUACUGGGUUCCAAGACCUGUGCUAAACUUGCCUCUUGGACUCCUCUUGAUUAUCUUGAGAAAGACAUGUCUCCCAUACAGUCUGGAUGUUGCAAGCCACCAACUUCAUGUAACUACAACACGGCAACAGCGGUAGCCCAAGACCCAGACUGCUACAGGUGGAAUAACGCCCCAACUUUACUGUGCUAUGAGUGUGAUUCAUGUAAAGCUGGAGUUCUUGAAGAUGUUAGAAGGGACUGGCACAAGCUUUCAGUUCUUAACGUUGUGAUGCUGGUGUUUCUGAUUGGGAUUUACUCGAUAGGAUGCUGUGCUUUCCAAAAUACGAGAAGGGCUGAGACUGAUUACCCGUAUGGGGAAAACCGGAUGACCAAAGUCCGACCCAGAUGGGAUUAUUACUGGUGGAGAUGGUGGCAGGACAAGAGAGAACAACUUUACUAGCUGAAGCUCCAUGAUCUUUCAAAAAUCUUCAGCAUAUUUUAUCUGGUGUUCUAAAGUUGGGACAAUUCAGUUGUUUUUCAGUGUAUGGGACAUCUUGGAAGUUUCAAGUUCACCUUUCACAGCCCUUUUACGGACUCUUCUUGUUUGUUGUUUCUUUUUUUAUGUACAAAGAUGGAUUUGCCUUUAUUUUCAAAGAUCACAGCAGUAUCUUCCUUUUACUUUUCAA